CGCUUUGGGUAUAGUAGAAGGUGCUCAGCGGAGAGAAACUAGGCAGGCGCAGACACCUUCACGCACCGAGCAGCGGUUUGUUUGGCGGCCGGGACCCGAUCCUUUAAAACCAUGCUGGAUUGACUGCGGAGAGGCAACUCCAAUCAAUGGCUUGGCUUUGAAAUCGUUUCAAAUUUAUUGGAAAGGAGCGCGAGAUAGAGCGACAGAGGGAGAGGGAGAGAGAGGGAGAGCGAGAGAGUGGCGCGAGGGGUGGAAAUAAAGAUCCUUUCAACGAUGGAGCUGACAAUGGAAAACAUCGGAAAUCUGCACGGUGUAUCUCACUCCCAUCAAACCAGCGACUUAAUGAACUCCCCGCACGCGCGCCAGUCGUCGGCGUCGCAUCGGAACUUGGUGUCGCACGGGCGGUCAGCCAUGGUGUCCAGCAUGGCCUCGAUACUGGAGGGAGCGGGGGACUAUCGCCCAGACCACGCUUUGUCUGGCCCCCUGCAUCCGGCUAUGACCAUGUCGUGCGACUCCGGGAUGAGCCUGAGCAGCACCUACACAACGCUGACGCCGCUACAGCACCUGCCCCCCAUAUCCACGGUCUCGGAGAAAUUUCACCAUCCACACCCGCAUGCUCACCACCAUCCAGCACACCAGAGACUUGCAGCUGGGAAUGUCAGCGGCAGCUUCACCCUGAUGAGAGACGACCGAAGCCUCGCCUCUAUGAGUAACCUCUAUGGCCACUACCCCAAAGAUAUGUCCGGGAUGGGGCAGCCCUUGUCGCCCCUGUCCAACGGGCUCGGGUCUUUGCACAGCUCCCAGCAGACUCUCAGCGCUUACGGUCCCGGAGCUCACCUCUCCAACGACAAGAUGCUCUCCACGGGGGGGUUCGAGUCUCACGCAGCCAUGCUGUCCAGGGGUGAAGAGCACUUGGCCCGCGGUCUCGGGGGUCACGGGGGCGGGCUAAUGACCUCCUUGAACGGUAUACACCAUCACAGCCAUCCGCACUCUCAGGCAAACGGAUCCAUGCUCUCAGACCGAGACAGGCAGACGGUGGUGGGAGGCGGGCAAGGUGCUGGGUCAGGGCAGGUGGAAGAGAUAAACACCAAGGAGGUGGCACAGCGAAUAACAGCAGAGCUCAAGCGCUACAGCAUCCCCCAGGCCAUCUUUGCUCAGAGGAUCUUGUGUCGGUCCCAGGGAACUCUGUCUGACCUGCUGCGGAAUCCUAAACCUUGGAGUAAACUCAAGUCGGGCCGAGAGACGUUCAGGAGGAUGUGGAAGUGGCUCCAGGAGCCCGAGUUCCAGCGGAUGUCAGCGCUGAGGCUUGCAGCCUGCAAGCGCAAAGAACAGGAGCAACACAAGGACCGCAACACGGCGCCCAAGAAACAGCGUCUAGUCUUCACUGACCUGCAGCGCCGCACACUCAUCGCAAUCUUCAAGGAGAACAAGCGUCCAUCCAAGGAAAUGCAGAUCACCAUCUCCCAGCAGCUCGGCUUGGAGCUCAGCACCGUCAGCAACUUCUUCAUGAAUGCUCGCCGCCGCUGUGUGGACCGCUGGCACGAUGACCACGGUACCAGCCCCGGGCAGCCAGGCACCUCUGCCACCACCUUCUCCAAGGCCUGAGAGAAGCAGGAGAGGGCCUUCGGCGGGCCGAGGAACCAGGCCGGAACAACAGGCGACGCUGGAAAUUCCCUGCGAAGCCUGUCUGUAACAGCCCUGCCUGGCCCGGAGCGCCUGAAGGUGUCCUCUACACGAUAUAAAAAUCCUUUGUGCCAUGCAAUCAUCUUCUACGUCAGUUAAAAUUUCAAGCUCUCACCUGAAACAAGCAUAAUCUAAAAAGGUGAAGUGUGAAGUCAGGUCCACUCUGCAUUUCUCACAUACAAGGACAAUCAUUGAUUUUGUCUUUUUUUUUUCCUUCUUUUUUGAGAGAAAAUACUUUUUAUGGCAUCUGACAAAGCAAAGCGACACCAAAGAUUUGACGUUUCUGUUGGGCGGUAUCUACAUGAUGCUGGCCUCCUCCUUCACCACCCAAGUAGCCACUGAUUCUGCUUUUUCCUCUUAACUCACCUCCUUUGUGUCUGCCUCCUCACUGUUUCCCACACACACACACACACACACACACACACACACACACACCGGCACACGGAAGCAACAAGGGCAAAAGAACGGCAAUAAAUCUGAAAACAGAACAGCACAUAGCCUUAUUAUCAGAGCCCCAUCCUGCACACACACAAGGCCGUCAUGAAGAAAACAACGCAGCCCAUGAAAAAAACAACAAGGCUUUCCAGUUCUCUGCCUCUACCUCCCCCCUCCUCCUCCUCCUCCUCCCGCAGUCUCCUUCAUUCCUCAGCCAAAGGUAUUCCCUGAUGGCCAGCCAUUUCAGAGAGCAGCUCGGCCUGAUCAUACGGCAAACUAAUGAAUUGAAAAAUGAAUCGAUGCAGACAGAGAGGGAGCGAGGCCUUGACCCCCUCAUGAAGGUGAAACUCAAGACACUCGCCAGUAGAUACUCAGGUCUUCCAGGCCCAGGUCUCGUAUAUUUUUUGCACAGAUGUUGGGAGGCCUGCAGGGAGACGUGUCGUUGUUACUCUUAGCCUGAGCCCAGAGUCUGCGUUUCUCUGACCAACGGGAGAGGCGGGUGAGAUGUCUGGACAUGCUCUUUGUUCUGCUGGGAGCUUUUCCUCUAAUCAAUAACUGAGAACCGAACGAUGACAACAACACGCUCGGGCAUCCAGCCAACUACAUUACAGCUGCAUAGGAAAAGCAGAAUGUAAGAGGAGCACAUGAGACCCAGUGGAGAUGGGGACACAAAGGCCUCACUACAGCAGCAGCAGCAGCAGCAUUAGCAGCAUCAGCAGCAAGCACACCUCGCCAGCCUUGCCUGCGCUGGCAGAGCAACAGUGCCCCCUGCUGUUGAAAGCAGAGACCUGCAUCCAGCAGAGCAAGGGGGGUUCAGAGUGGAGAAGAGGGAGGGAAGAGCCACUAGAUGCUGAGGAGAAGUCAUGGCACAACACAUUCAGGCCUCGCAGCUCUUUGAAGGCAGAUCAAUAGCUAACCAUUAUCCUAUUGUUGUUCCUCAUCCAACCAGCACUGGUGAAGCCAGAGGAGGGGGAUGGUUAGCCUGAAUGCUGAAAAUGCAGGGAUUUUGCAAAGGCAGGGAUUUAUUUGGGCAAUCCAAACGGAAUACAAGAAAAUUACACAAAGAGAGGAGGGGGAAAGUACAACAGAGUAAAAUGUAACAGAAAGGCAUCCUAAGUAAGACACAUCAGUGGUGCAGUGGAGGUUUCAUUUAGAUUCGUUUUCAGAGGUUUUAUGAAAUCAUUGAUUUUCCAUUCAUUCAUUUCAUCUGCUUGCAGAAAAAAAAAAGAAUUCAACAGAUGUGAUUUCUGUCAAACCUGGUUAUUCCCACACAAGGGUUAUCAGUAGCUAGCCCAAAGCUAAACACCACACUCAGCUGUUAAAAUGCUACAACAAUUAGUGCCAAUGCUUACUGCCUUAAUGCGAGUCAGAGAAAACGGUGCGAUGGUUAACACACGGUUACAGUGCGCCCUGCAGGUGAUGGGCGGUGUGUGCCAUAGCGCCCAACAAUCAGCUUUUAACUGAAUGAAAUUAUACUUUUUUAGUAAAAGAAAAGAAAAAAACAAGAAUCUGAUUUUAAAGGCAAACAAUAACCAAACCUCAAAUGAGAAAGACACCAAACAUACAGUGCAACACAAAAUGUUUCCAACGCAUAACUGGACACAUUUUGAAGCAGAAGAAAAUCUCUCAUUCUAUCUUUGGUUCUCUACCUCCUCUGUCCCUCUAACCCCAUUUCCCCCUCCAACCCCUCGCCCCCUUCCUCUCUAUAUUGAUGCGGGUAUUUAAUUAGUACCAUAGACACAAAGUUUCUAUUUCUUGUUACUAUUGUGCUCUGUUGUGCAUAAGUAAGGCACCUUGUUGAUAAAUCAAAAACAAAAAAAGGAAGGACUUUUUAAAAGGAAAAAAAAAAGAAGGAUGCAAGGACUGAGGCCAACGAAGGACGUGGUUUUGUUUCUUUUUCUUUUUUGCAUUCGGUGUGAAUAUAGACCUGCAGGACAUUUACCACAAGAACGAGAAAAGACAAGAGAAACAGGGAGCUGCUGAAGAGAAGAAUAAAUGACAGACACUUUCUCUCCUUUGGCAUUUCGUGUCGGAACUGUGGUACUCUCAGCCCCCCCGCCCCUUUAAAGCUGAGCCCUGAGGAUGGGGUAAAAUUAAGAGGGACAAAACAUGACCUCCAAAUGUCCUGGCUGACUCGCUAUGUUUUAUUGGAGGGUGGGGUGGUGGUGGCGCGGGGCGUUUACGCUUGGGACUCCGUAGUUAUCUGUGUGGUCUUAAGAUGCAACUGUAGCAUUUCCAACAAUGUAGUCAGAUUAGCAGUGCAGAUUAGAUAAGAGGUGGUCAUUGUAGAGGAGCUGAUCAGGAGGUACUGACUAACUUCACGUUGCUGUAAGCAGUGAGUUAACGUCGCCAAAGGAUGAUGAGCUUAAAUUGACUUGUGGUAUACAGUUCAGUGAGCAUAGAUAAAUAGCUAGAUUCAGCUUUAGGAAUGACACUGACAAAAUGACGUUUGUAGUAGUGAGAACCAAUGUGGCUACCUCACUAAGCUGAGUGGUUUGUGAAACCGCCACUAAUACCAAAGAUACUGCAGCCUACCAGUCACAAACUGCCUAGGGGGACACAAACCAAAAAAACGAGAGCCCCCCCUCUUUGCCCCAAACUGUUACAAACACACUGAUGAUAUUACGCACACACACACGCACACACACACGUUCCUACUAACAGCGCAGUCAGACUGCAUUGUGCCACAUAGGAGGAGGUGGCUGCCUUGCAGACAGAGUUGAGUGCCUUUUCCCUUCAACCACGGGUGGGACUGCACUGGACACACACCCACACACCCACACACACACACAGAUGCAUGCAUAUAGAGGCAUACCCACUUACAAGCGUGUGCUCACACAGACAAUGCACCCAUAAUUGGAUGGACAGAAAGGGGGGCCAAAGAGAGGGACACAGAGUGGGGGCUGUGUCAGCAUUUUCUCCCAUAUUGACUUUCCAUCUUGAUACACUAGAAUACAAGCACUUUAUCAUGUAGAAAGUCUAUAAAACAUUUUCUAUACGCUAUUUAUUUGAAACAAAAUUAUAUGUUACUCCUUAAUCUGUCGGAGUCUUCGUUGCCGUAUCGUCGAUCUUCUGCUAGCUCUCAGCCUUCGUGUUUCUCUUUUGCUUUCCGCCCGGCCUGCUUACGCUCUCGGCCGCUUUACCUUCCUCACAUCAGAGAUAUUUUUGUGUAACAGAGAAAGAGAAGGGUAAAGAGGCGGCGGCUGUAAGCACCCAGAGGGCUGUUGUUAUAAAAUCUUAAAUGCCAAACGGCUUUCUUUCUCCCCACUGCGUGCAAGCACAGAGGCUGCACUGGAAAAAGUGUGGAAGACUCGCUGACAGUUUAUAGACACACACUCUCUCCUCCCUCCCUCCACCUUGUCUGUCCAGUCAACUUUCCCCCUGGCUAGUGCUAGGACUUGGUAGGCGUGUGUUGACAAUUAAUUCUGAAAUACCUCAAAAACCUUUCAUGUAAACUUUAUGUAAUUUAAACUGAAAAUAAUACUGCUAAUGAUAACAAUGAUUAUGAAAGUAUGAUACUAUGAUAGUUAGUUUUGGAACUUGUGACUUGAAGCUUUAUACUGUUAAAUUCCUUUUAUUCGUUUGCUUAUUUUUCUCGUACGUUCUCUCGUUUGUUUUUUGCUACGGCAUGUACUUACUGUUUUCAUAAAGGAAAAGACAUUGUGAAUGUUUCUGUGGAGGGUCACGCGAGAAAAGAAGAGACAGAAGAGAAGGCGAGAAUAGAGGGAGACGAGCGAGAGCUGCUCGCUUCAGAUGUUUAGUUCAAAGCGCUCUCACAGACGCCUACAUUCAAAGAAACAACAAAAAAAAAAGAAAGAAAGAGAGAAAGAAAUGACAAAAAAUGUGAUUUGGGUUGAAUUAUAAACCAAAAAUUUGAUGUUAAACCAAAGGAGGAAUAACCUUAUAUCCAUUGUUAGCUUUCUUCUGCCUUUCAGUUGUCUUUUCUCUGAAAAAACAAAAAGAAAAAAAAAAACAGUUUCACAGUUACUUCUGAAGGUUCCUGGGUGUGUUCAAGUGCUCCUGAUGUUCUUAGAAUAUUAAAGACCAGCACCUCCUGUUGAAAAGAAGGUGCACUUUUUUUUUUUCUUUUGUGCAUGGAUAUUGUAUAACUGUAUAGAAACCAACAGGAAUGACCUGUGAUUUUGUGGGGAGAGGAGGAGGAUGGAAAGA